AUGAAUGGGAGAACGGUUCAUGAACCCGAGACCGAUAUCGAUGCUUCCGAGCUGUGGGGGAUCUAUGGCACUUUGAGUGCCGUGGAGCUAUUUCCUCAGCUGUGUCCACAUGUCCUUAUCAAUGUCAAGAUCAUCAGUGGCGAUGGCAGUGUUGGCACCAUUCUGCAGCUGACAUUUCCGCCUGGAGACCCCUCGGCCCGUGCGGGUAUGAAAAAAUUCACCAAAGUUGACAACGAGGAUUACAUUAAGGAGGCAAAAGCGAUUGAAGGAGACAUUCUCAAGCUGGGGUUCCUCUCGUACAUGAUCCAGAUGGAAGUCAUUGCGAAGGGACCCGCCUUAUCAGUACUACGAUUAACUGUUGAGUACGAGAAUGAUGAUACACAUCCUAAUCUUGAGUCUAAGGUCAGCAUUGCACCUUUGGCGGCAAUUGCUCAAGUAUUUGCAAAGUAUGUCAAGGAAAACAAGGUGCCUCAAGUAAGCUCUAAAAACAGCUUAUAUCAAAGUUUAUCAAGACACAUAAAUGAAUAG